GAAACUUUGUUAUUCUUGCUGUGCCCGGAGAGUUUACCACUAUGGCUGGACGACGACUUCGUAAUGCAGUAAAAGCGACACUUGUCGCAAACGGGGUCAUUGGAGAGGAUGGUAUCGUUGUGCUUUCUGGCCCUGCAAACGAAUAUACCCACUAUGUAACCACUUUGAAGAAUACGCUGUUCAACGCGCUAACUUUGUUACCGGGUGUCAUUGUUGACGUCCCGCCCAUUGGCAAAAAGUUUGGUGAUAUUCUUCAGGAUGUCGAUGCUUUCUAUUCAAUUUGUCACUGGGAAUCCGAGGAACGACCAUUUUCGAGAUGA